UCCCCUCAAAGAGGAGCAUGAGGGGAGGGUGGGUUAUUUCUCUCAGUGGCCUCAGACCUCUGCGGGCAGUGCCACAUCGGGAGCUUGGCUGCCAGGUCCUCCAGCAUGGAUCCCAAGGCCCUGACCAUCCUCGUCUGCUCUCUUCUUCUCUUCAUUGUCCUGGGCAAAUGUCAGGAAAAUAAGACUUCUCAGGCCCAGGGGAAGAAGUUCUCCAGAGCUCCCGGGGCCGAGGAGGUGAAGCCUUCUAAAAUCCCAGGCCGAAAGCCCGCACUGGUGCCUCCGAAAGCUGCAAAGAUAAAACCUCAAGUGAAGGCCACGGUCGCCGCCCCUUCCCCAGGGCCCCAGGCCUCUGGCAUCCUGACGCAAGUGGUGGGAAGGGGCCGCUUCCUGAAGUUGACCGACACCCUGGUGCUGCCAGCUGGGGCCAGCCUGGAGCUGCGCUGCCGAGGGAGGUCUGCCCGCUGGAGGUUCCCCAUAUCCCUGGAGGAGGAGGGAGCAGGGCGGCUCAGGAUCAAGCACUUCAGCCGGUUCAGCCAGCUGUUGGUGGUGAACUCCACGGCAUCGGACACAGGCGAGUACAGCUGCUGGUCCCUCCAGUGCCCCAGCAGUCAGUGCCGGAAUGGAGAGGACAGGAUAGGAACAACCUUCGUCUUUUUCACAGAUCCCCAGGAGCUCUUCGUGCCCACCGAGGACUACUAUGAGGCGGUACAGCUGCGGGCCAACCAGCCCACCCUGCUCCCCUGUCAGGUGACCAGCCCUCUGGCCAAGGUGACACUGCAUCGGGAGUUCCCCCCGGAGGAGAUUCCGGUGGACGGGCUGGACAUCUCAUUCGACACGAAGAAGGGUUUCACCAUCCACCGCCCCCGAGCUUCCUACGCCGGGUCACUGUUCUGCCUGGCCGACCUUGAAGGCGUCCAGCAAAUCUCCACCAAAUACAUGCUCAUCUACGUCAACUACCCAUCCUCUCCCCCCAAGCCUUCCAUCAAGGCAUCUGGGGCGUUCGUCCAGGUGGGAGAAAACUUCAACGUGACUUGUAUGGUCCUGGGUGAGCCUGAGAUUGCGGUGGACUUCACCUGGGAAUACCCAGGGCAGCAGAUUGGCCGCCCGCCCUACGUCCGAGAGCGCACGGUUCUAGUUCGCCGCAUCGGGCAGGUGCAGCUGGAGUCGGAGAGCGUCUUGUAUGUGGAUGAGGCCCGGGUGGUGGACGAUGGGCUCUACUCCUGCAGGACCGAGAACCUCCAGGGCAGUACCACCGCUUCCACCCGCGUCCGUGUACUCCCAGCAGCUCCAGCAGCCCGGGCUGCUUCCCGGGGCUAGGCCAUGGGGCCCGUCCAGGCAGAGGCUGGAUGUGGUUCUAACGACAAAUUCCCUCCCUUUGGCGAAGGCUCGUGCAUAAGGUGCCUGAUGGACGUGGCUAUGUAAAGGCUACGUGUAUUUUGCACAUACGUGUGGGGGACAUACCCACCCGUGUGAGUGCCUUUGUGC